UGCCAGUGUACAAGGUUAAACCAGAACAUGGUCCAGGAAUAGUCAAAACUUUGCAUCGAGACCAUCUAUUGCCCAUAGGUUACUUGGUCAGGAUGUCUAACCCCCCAGAUGUUGCAGGAACGACUCAGAGACCUGUCACCAGAUCACAACAUCCCCGGCCAUGUCCAAGAACUAAGCUUACUGAUCCAGUUGAAGAAAGUGACACUGUGUCAACAGAUACAGAAUUUGAUACUGUCCAGAAUCCUCAAGGUUUUGUUGUGGAUGAGGUCAGGAAACAAAACGCAUCACCAAAGCAAGAGUCACAAGAGACUGAGAACCGUGGAAGUUCUGAAGAGGAGGAAAGCUCUGGAGAAGACAGUGAAGGCUCUGGAGAGGAGGAAAUUCAACCAGUUAUAGAAUCAGAGAGUGAAGGAUCUUUCAUAGAUGAUACAUCUGCUGUGAUGGAUUCUGAUGCCCAAGAGACAAAUUAUGAUUCGGUAGAAGAUCAGGUUUUAGAAGGGAGAGCAAGCUCACCCUUUUCAACCCAAGUCAGAAGUGAAAGAUCAGUUAAAAGUACAAGAAAUGGGAGUGAAAAGUCCUCCGCUGUCCGAAGAUCUCAGAGAGAACCAAAACCAGCCAUUAGAUUGACCUAUGACAAACCUGGUUACCCAUCUAGUGAGCCAGUGACCAUAAUGCAUCAUGGUAUGGUCAUUCAACUCAAGCUAAACCCACCAGAUCAAACUGGCCCUGAACUGAGACAGAAUCCUAGAACGUCCAAAAGGAUGUCAGGGAACAAACGAAAGAGCACAUGUCGAAGUGAGGAAAAGUGUGAUGAGGACAUCUACACAUUCAGAAGGGGGAGGGUGUAGCCCUGUCUAAAGUCACUGACUACAGUAUAUAAAAUCAGUAACAUAUGUAAAUAGUUGUAGGAUACACCAAAAGUUCAUGAUAUUAAAACUGGUUAGAAGGUGCAUUAGAUACAUUUGAAUAAAUGACAUAUGUACUGUUUAAAAGUUAAGCUACACAUUUCUAAAAUGUGCCAUGGUCCUUUAAAAUCCCGAACUUAGGAGAAUAUGAGUUUGUUUGAGCAAAAAGUCUGUGCAAUCUAACCUGUUAACAAUUUAAUGUCAGUCAGUUUGUUUUAAGUAUUGCUAUUGGAUUUUACUGAAGUAACAGCCAAUCCCAAGAUGUUUCCUGGAAAAAGGGGGCAGAACAAGUGACGUGAGCCAGAGUGUAGUUUGCCAGAAGUCCUGAGGGUGAGAGGAAAAGAGUCAAUCGGUGUAACAGAGCGUGCUUCAGGUUUUAUCUGCACGGUCGACUAUUCGUGGGCCUGAUAAUAACUUGUUUGUAACUUAAAGGAGACGUGGAGAGAGAGGUUUGGAGCGGUUGUCCCAGUCUUCCCAGUGGAUGGACUCUGCUGUUUGUCCUGGUGCUGUUUCGUGUUCCUCCUUCCUGGUGGUUCCUGAGGUCCCGACAGCUCCGGUGGUUCCUGGAACUCGAUGCUUUGCUCUUACUGCCAUUGCCUUGGUGACUGUUAGCUUCCCUAUAAAUUCAUUCGGGAUUCGUGAGUAUUAAGUAAAUCCACUGAACUGCACGUGCGUUUUUUUUUGCUCUGCUUGGGUCAGGGUGAAGUGGCCAAAAAAGUUUUAGGCUCCAUCGCACCCUAGCUUCAGCUCAGGCCUGCAACUUUUGAGUAAGGAGAGUGUGUGUGUGUGUGGGUACCCUGAGGAUAGGAGGUUAUUGAGUUUUUUUUCUUUCAUGUCUUAUGGUGCUAAACCAGGUUAAAGAGUAAUUUUCGUUUCCUUGGUUUUAAAGAAAGACAGGUCAUUGUAUAUUGUAGUAGGUUAAGACCCGGAAGUAAAUGUCCUUUCAUAUAAAGGGUAAAAGUUGUUUUGUUUUGUUGUGGGUUACUAACGAGAAAAAAAACUUGGAACACAGAAACCUCCAUUCAACUUACACAGUUUUUGGUUAUAACAUGUUUAUUUUUGUUUAUGCUAAUUUUACUUUAACCAAAUUAUUGUUUUGUCCCUUCAAAGGAUGUAAAUAAAUUGCCUGUACAAGGGUUUUGUAUUCAAAGUACUGUGGUACAGUGUCCUUAUUAAUGUUGUAGAAAAAUUUGGAGUUCAAGAUUUAGUGAAAGUUAAAGGGAGGUAUCUUACAGGGUAAUAAAACGUAAAACGGUUUAAUUAACGAACU